AUGUCUUUGAUACCUUCACCUCCUGAUUUGAAACCAACAAUCAUUCAAAUGCAAAAUAAUGAUGAUGAUUUAGAUAAAACUCCAAAUGUAAAUCCAAAUGAUCCAAAAUCUCCAUUACAACAAGCUAUAAAUUCAAAUUCAUCACAAUCAUCAUCACAAUCAAAUCCAAAUACCAAAAGAAAAAGAAGACGUUCUUCAUCUUCAUUAAUAUCACAAAAUGAAAUUGAAAAAAGAAGAAGAGAACACAAGACAGCUCAUUCAAUAAUUGAAAAAAAAAGAAGAAUUAGAAUGAAUAGAGAAUUUGAAUCUUUAAAAUUCCUUAUACCAGCUUGCAGAAAUAAUUUAACAACUUCAAAUAAUAAUGGUGAAGGAAUGUAUAAAUUAACUAUAUUACAAGCAACUGUUGAUUAUAUUAAAUAUUUACAUCAAGUUAUAAAUAUUCAAAAUGAUGAAAUUUUAAAAUUCAACCCAAAUUUUAAUGAUCAAGAAGAUUUAAAUUUUGCCAAAAUUAAUAUUAAUACUGAUCUUUAUAGAAAUUUAGAUAAUGAUUUUAAUUUUAAUAAAUUAUUUGAAGAAUUUAAUCAAUCAAAAGAUGAUGGUUCAUCAAGUGUCAAUUCAUCAUUUCCCAAAAAGACAAUAAAAAAUCAAGACCUUAGUUCAACUAAAUCUCAACAAUACUUAGAACCAACAAAAUUUGAACCAUUACCAUCACCAUUAAUAACACCAGAAUUAUUCCCAAAUCAAUCUUCAUCAUCAUCAUCAACUCCUUUUGAUAAUUAUAAGACAAUAAAUCCAAAUUUUCAAUUCCAAUCAUCAACAAAAUCAACCCAAUCAACACCAUUAAUAACACCAACAACAAAACCAAUAACUUCAACCAACACCACCACUUCAUCAACUCAAUUUCAAUUACCAAAGCCUGCUUUAUCAAAUCAUAGUUCAAUAAGUUCCACAACUGAUUCAAAAUUAUCAAUGAUUCAAGAAUUUACUUCUUUCCAAACAGAUCCGGAUCGAUUGGAAUCUUCAGCUUCUGAUGCUUCAAAUGUUUUGUUAGCUAUGAAAAGAGAUCGUGAUAGUUCUGUUGCUUCUAUAAGGUCACUUUUAAAUUGA